AACAGGUUUAAAAUAAUAAUACACAUGCCAAUGAAGGAAUGUCUGUAAUGUAUAAUCAAAAAUAUAUGUUCUGUACUCUUAAUCAGCUGAAUGUUAUAAUACAUUAUAGAAAGUAAGGUUUGAACAGCUUGAUUGUCGUAUAAGGAUCACUGAUCGUUAAGAUUAAAGAUAAUGAGUGAGGAAGGAACAUACUGAAGUAAUGGGUCGACAAAGUAACACAUUGAUUAUGUUUUGUAAGAAAAGAAAGGCUUAGAAGGAGAAACUGUGUGGAGUGAGUCAUCACUGAGCGGGGGCGAGGCAGAAUCAGAAACAGAUGGUCAACGGAAAACAAGAAAAGUACCGGAGAUGUUGUAAUGAGGUAUGAAUGAGUCAUAAGAGAGUUGGGGAAGGUUGGGACUUUGUGUGUGAUGAAUCUACAUAAUAUAUUUGAAUUUUUUCAUGAUAUUGUAAUCUGUAUGUAAUGUAGUUCACACUCCAUCCGCUAGGAGGCAGUGAUGGGUUACACAGCACCUCAGAGUAAAUAAAGGGAGGAAACCCGCUGGCUGAUGAUCAGUCCGAGGGAGAGAUGAGGGAGAUAGAGCUGGCAGGGCUCACAAAGUUAUGGAUAAAUUGGAACUGGAUUUCAUUUCUUAAACCCUUUAAAAUCCUAGGACACGUAGGCAAGCUAUAGCCUUCUAAAUUUACAGACAACACCCUGCCUGCAGGGACAAAGGACGGAAAGAAUGAGCACGAUCCUCAGACUGGAAGGACUGGGCGUGAAGGCAGGCACUGAAGAUAUACGGACCUUCUUUCAGUCCCUGGACAUACCUGAUGGAGGAGUUUACAUUAUGGGAGGACAUCUCGGCGAGGCUUUCAUUUCAUUUACCACUGCAAGUGAUGCACAGGCUGCCUUGCUGCGCAGUGGGAAUUUACUCAAAGGCUCCAUGGUGAUCCUGCACAUCAGCAGCAUGGAAGAGAUAGAGAGGAAACUCGAGGAGUCCUUAAAUAGCAAGAAAACUUCGCUCACCGUAAGAAAGCCCCACCCACGUUCAGCUGAAAAGGAAAUGUCAAGGCAACAUAAGGAUAAAAAUGGCGAUGUCAAGUCCAAAUCCAGCUCGCAUGAUGUUUACAUGUCUAAGGUGAAGCACAAAUCCGGACCUCGUGACAUUAAAAUAUUGAAGCCCAGAUCCAGAUUACAUGAAGACAUGACUACAAUGAAGCAUAAAUCCAGGCCACAUGUUAACACGACAACAAAGCCCAAAUCUAGGCUGCAUGAUGUUAAUAAGAUCAAGGGAACGCCCAAAUCCAGGCCACAUGGUGAUAGUACUUCAAUUUCAUCUUCAGCUGCAUUUCCACUUGAUCCUGAUCCUGCUGAUUUGCCAGCUUCUAAUGCACAACAUUUUCAGCUGAGUCCAACAAACAUGCCGGCUUUGAAUACACAACCAUUGGAUGCCGAUUCUUUUUUACUUGGGGUUUGUAGUGUCCUUAAAAGACUCCAAUCAACUCAAACCAUGGUGCCAAUGUUUGAGUUUCCCCACGUUGACAGCACAACUUCCUCUGAAGUGGUUAGAAAUCCAGAACAUACAUUGGACUUGAGGCCAGGCUAUGCCCGGCUAUUUGGGCUGCCAGCUUCAAUUACUAAAGAAGACAUUUGCAAGUUCUUCAAAGGAUUGCGUGUAGAAGAUGUUAUAGUUAACAUCGAACUGGGAAUCAGUCGUGGCUGCCUUGUGAAGUUUGCAGAUAUGCAAGAUGCAUCUGAUGCUCUUGGCUUCAACCAACAGUUGCUGGGCUCCAUUCAUGUGGAAGUACGUGGAGCAGAUGAAAAACUGUGGGUCAGAGCUCUUCAGGAAUGUAGUAAGGCUUUUGAUGACAGGUCAAAGUGGAAACAUGAAAGAUCUCCAACGGAAAAGGCUCACUACGAGAGAAGAUCUGUUCCUUCCCUUAAGAGGAUAUCUGAUCAAGUUCAGUUUAAACCAUUAAAAAAACCAAAACUUGAUGCGGAACCCAAUGCUUCAUCAUCAAGACCCUCGGAGUACACAGUCAUGGUCAGAAACCUGCCAAAAAACAUGACCAAGACUGACAUAAAAGAGCUGUUCAGAUGCCCAAACCUACCGCACAAAAAUGUGCUUCAUCUGCUUGACGAAACAAGCAAUAUCACUGACACAGCUUUUCUGAUUUUUAACUGUACUGAGGACUUUGACUACGCCAUUAAUCUCUCUGGCUGCCAUGGUGGCUCUGGUGCCAUUGAGGUUAAAUCAAUCUCCAAGGAGCUCAUGUGGAAAAUGAUCACCAAAAACCACCCCAGAAACCAAAGGACUGGUCCGAGUGAUCCAAGAUUACAACGCAGCUUCAGGAAGUCGGAGCCAGUGCAAACCAACGCGCCGCAGAGGGAAAGUCUAAAAGAGACGGGUCAGCGGUACAUUUUUAUUAGGAACAUGCCUGCAACUGUCAAGAAAAGUCAAAUCAGAAGCCUGUUCUGUAAAUUCAGUCUGAGUUUGGAUGAUAUAAUGUUAAUGCAUGACAGUGAGGGCUAUGGCUCGGGUGAGGCUGUGGUCAAGUUUGAAUCCGAACAGCAGGUCACGCAGGCUCAGAGGUUGCACGGCGAAGAGUUCCUGGGGUCAAAGGUGAUUCUCACCCCCAUAAAUGAGAAGCAAAUGAAGAUAAUUUUGGUGAACACCUGAGGAAUGUUUUGCCUGACCAUCAGCUUCAGCUGCACUUGACUGCAGAGGUUUCUAGUUUGCACUAAGGAUUUUUUUAUUUCAAGAUCUCCCUACAUUAUCGUUCUCUUCAUAUAUACUGCACAGUCUGCAAUAAAUGUUCUAAUAAUUAAUGGAAGACAUUCCCAAGUGUUGGAUACUACUGCGAUGAAAAGAUGCCUUGGAUUUGUGUACAAACAUGUUGGAGAUCUUUGUUUACCUUUAUUCUGCAUGGCUAAAUAAAUUUUUUAUAUGCCUUU